AACCUCAAACUCCCAGCUCAGUUCCCUACUAUUGGACAGGACGCAGUUAAACAUGGCUGCUCCCCCAGUGGAGUACACCAUCGGAGGGGUCAAGAUUCAGUUCCCCUGCAAAGCUUAUCCCUCCCAGCUGGCCAUGAUGAACUCGAUUGUUCGAGGGCUUAACCACAGCCAGCACUGUCUACUGGAGAGUCCUACAGGAAGUGGGAAGAGCUUGGCUCUGUUGUGCUCAGCUCUUGCCUGGCAGCAGGCUCAAUACGCCAAACCUGAACCAGGAGGAAGCCCCCAGGAGGGCAAAUGCUGCUCGGAGGAGAAAACACAGGCUGUUUCAAAGGAGUCGGAGGGUGCUACCCCCUGUCAAUGUGGUUGUCACAAUAAGGCUCCCUCUGCCCCAAAACUGCCCACGCCUAAUGUGGUGGACCUCACACUGUCCCCUGAGAAAGUGGUGGUGCAACAUCCAUCACCCCCGCAAAGUGAUACGCUCGUUCCCAAAACUGAGUCGUUUGUCUCGGCUCCUCUGCCACAGACGUCUGUCAGCCCGGACCCUGAGAAAGACGAUGACUUUCAACCAGACAGGAAGCGCCUUCGCACUCCAUCUUCGGAUCAAAAGAGCAGUAAAAGGAAGUGUAUGAACCGGGGCAUCGUGUUCAUUGAUGAUGACCCAGACGAGGAAGACCUGACACAAGUGAACAGGCGCUGGACCAUGGAGGUGAAAAGCCAGGCUGUGUCCACGGAGAUCGCCAGUACUGAAUUCUAUUCCCCACCACACAUGCAGUCCCGCGUGCCUUGCCUCCUGUGCCCGUGCAGCGGCUCUUCGGCCGACGUGAAACAGAAGGAAAAAGAGGCCAAAAAGAAGGUCCCCAAGAUAUUCUUCGGUACGCGUACGCACAAGCAGAUUGCGCAGAUCGCCCAUGAGCUGAAGCGCACGCUGUACUCCGGCGUUCCCAUGACCAUCCUGUCCAGCCGGGACCACACCUGUGUGCACCCUGAGGUGCAGCGCCACUCCAACCGCAACGAGCGCUGCAAGGAGCUGCUGGAAUCCAAGGAUGGCAAGUCGUGCAGCUACUACCACAGCGUCCACAGGAUGCGGGACCAGGCAGUGCUGCAGGGGGUCCACGGGCUGAACCAGGCCUGGGACGUGGAGGACCUGGUGCGAGUGGGCAAACGCAUCCGCGCCUGCUCCUACUACGCAGCCCGCGAGCUGAUGCAGGACGCCCGCAUCGUGUUCUGCCCCUACAACUACCUGCUGGACCCGCUCAUCAGGGAGAGUAUGGAGAUCAACCUGGCCGGCCAGAUUGUGGUGCUGGACGAAGCCCACAACAUCGAAGACUGCGCCAGGGAGACUGCCAGCUACACCUUGGACAACAACCUGUUGAAGAUGGCCAAGGACGAGCUGGACGGCAUGGUCUCCCACAACAUCCGGCAGGCCGAACACAUGCCGCUGCGAAACUUCUGCGCUAGCCUCGGAAACUGGAUACAUGAGAGCAAGAGCUUAAUGUCCGAGAGGGGCUUCGAGACCUCCUGUAAAGUCUGGACUGGCAAGGAGGUUGUGGGCAUUUUUCAUGGCCUUGGCAUUACUGCUGCUACCUUUGGAAUGCUUCAGAAAAACUUGGCAGCAGUGUUGGACAAAGAGGAGCGCGUUGGCUUAGUUAAUGGCAGGGAGGAGACGGUCACCGUGCCAACCAUCAGCGCUGUCCUCAUCUCUGUGCUCAAAAGUCUGUUCAUGGUUCUGGACUACCUCUUCAGAGAGCACUCCAGGUUUGCCGAGGACUACCGGGUGGUCCUGCAGGAGAGCUUCACCUGGACCAACCAGGUCGAGCCCGACGUGCCGGACAACCACGGGUUCUUCGCCCGGCCGCGGGCCCGGCGGAGACAGUCCGCGCGCGUGAAGGCGGCCGUGCUGACGCUGAAUUUCUGGUGCCUCAACCCUGCUGUGUCGUUCUUGGACCUAGGGCAGUCCGUGCGCACUAUAGUGCUCACCUCAGGAACCCUCUCUCCCAUGGCCUCCUUCUCCUCAGAACUGGGGGUCAAGUUUGCCAUCCAGCUGGAAGCCAGCCAUGUCAUCGGCAAGUCGCAGGUGUGGGUUGGUACCAUUGGCUCCGGGCCACAAGGCAAGAAGCUGCUGGCCACAUUCCAGCACACGGAGACCUUCACCUUCCAGGACGAGGUGGGCGGCCUGCUGCUCAACGUCUGCCACGCCGUGUCAAAGGGAGUGCUCUGCUUCCUGGCGUCCUAUAAGAUGCUGGAAAAACUGCGAGAUCGCUGGAUCAACACGGGUCUGUGGGAGAAGAUGGAGGAGAGGAAGACUGUGAUCACGGAGCCCCGCGGCGGCGCCAAGGGAGACUUUGAUGAGCUGCUGCAGCGGUACUACGACGCCAUCCAACACCCAGGGGAGCGAGACGGGGCCUUGCUGAUUGCUGUCUGCAGGGGUAAAGUAAGCGAAGGCUUGGAUUUCACAGACGACAAUGCCAGGGCAGUGGUCACCAUCGGCAUUCCCUUCCCCAACAUCAAGGGCCACCAGGUGGAGCUCAAGAUGAAGUAUAACGAUCAGCACUGCAAAAGUAGGGGUCUCCUUCCAGGCAACCGUUGGUACGAGAUCCAGGCCUACCGCGCUCUAAACCAGGCCCUGGGGAGGUGUAUCCGCCACAAGAACGACUGGGGUGCUCUCAUUUUGGUGGAUGACCGUUUCCGGAAUAAUCCAAAUAAGUACAUCACAGGCCUGUCCAAGUGGGUGCGGCAGCUGGUGCGGCACCACGACACCUUCAACGGGGCUAUGCAGUCCCUGGCCGCGUUCUCCCACUUUCAGCAGGGGGCAGAAGCAACCCACGGCAGCGUCCUCCAGAGCCCGUCGGGAUUUAAGCAGCACCCAGCCAGCCAGCAGUCCCCCCUCGGUCUGGGGGACGGACCGGCGUGUGCCCCCCUGUCCGCAUCGGCCAAGCACGAAGACCCCAGCCACAAGAACACUAAACCCCCUCAGUCUUCAACUGUUGAUCCCAUCAUGUCUGGGAUGGCUGGUGCUAGUGUGAGGGGAGACACUGAAAAGAUGUCUAACACUGAGCCGGCGUGUCCGACCCGCGCACACCACGACACCGAGCCCAGGGCGCAAGCACCGGCCCUGGCGCCUGUGCAUGGCUCCAUGCCUGCGGGCACCCCGUUGAAGAGGCCCCUCUUCAGAGCGCAGAGAGACAUCGCCCGGCCCGACCACCAGCAGCAGUCAGAACCACCUGACCUGGUCGAGGGAAUGGAUGUCCCCAACACGCACCUUCCUCAUCCUCAUGCAGAACCGUGCUCGCGAGGCGAUGCCGGCAAAACCGACUGUUUGUCUGGUGUGCCGGUGGCUGUGAAGGAACUGGCUGCCAUGGCGACCUCUCCCUGCUGUCACGGAGAGCAGCCUCUGGCAGACGGCCGUGAAGGGGAGGACGACGACGACGACGACGAAGAGGAGGAGGAAGACCUAACAAUGUUCUUCACUCCAGAGCUUUUCGAGGACGAGGAUGAUGAGGAAGUGGAGGAGGCCAUGCCUGUGUCCAGGAUAGACGGCCGUGUGAUCCCCAUCAGGCCAGCCCAAGAGACGCUGAGCCUAAGGAAAGAUGUAGAAGAAUGUGCCCCAAACGGCCAUGGAGACGGAGUCGUCUCCAUGGUUGGGGAUAGUGCGGGGUCAGAGCUGACGCUCUGUCACCAGCCUCCGAGAGGCAGCGUGGUCAGCGCCGAGGAGCAGGCCGGGACACCGCCCUGCAGUCAGCAGCAGACAGCAGAGUCCUCAGGUCAGGAGGUGCGAGUGCAGCAGAGGGAGGAAUGUGAGAGUAGGCAGUCAGGCACCAGGGCUAACCGCCUGGCCCGGUCCUCCAGGCAGAGAGCACCCCCGACUCCGUCAGGUGAGCUCCACGUGGGACAGUCCCAUUCAGGGAGGAGCACUCCUCCUCGACAUCGGACCAGAAACAAUCGGAGAAGAAUAUCUCCUGAGCCCAAGCCAGAGGCCCGUGAACAGAGAGACCUGAAGGAGACACGUCUAACGCGGGCUGUACCACAGGUUAAAACUAAACAAACACAGCAGGGCCCCGUCAGACUGCUAGAUGCAUCCCCAGCCCCGCAGGCCGGAGCACGAACCAAGUACACAAGAAAGACCUCCGCUGCCCGGGACGCAAAGCACCAAGAACCACCCACCACUCCUCCCCGCUCCGCCUGCACAGAAUAUGUUAUGGUCACUCCCAAGCAAAUAGGUGUUAAAAUCCAGAGAUCCUGCAGGCCAAAACGUAGGAAACGUUCCACGGGGUCUUCAACGCAAGGGAUUAGCGUUAAGCAAAUCAGUGACCAGGAUCCAUGUUCAUUGGGACUUUACUGCGCUAAAUGUGGAAGAGAACUUCUCCCUGCCAUAGAAGGUCUGAUUCAAAGGGAAGUGUGUGAAUUAAAACCACUGGCUCUUCUGAGUGAAUUCCCAGUUUGGCGUAAUGGAACGAGAUGCCAGUGCCAACGUGCACCGUCUCAGCCCUCGUGGUCACCCAGCUCCACGUUGUUGGUCGUCAAGAGUGAGGCCCAGUUGCAGACGCUGAAGAGCGCUCUGCAGCCCUACUGUGCUGACAGCUUCACCGCAUAUAAUGCCAUCUGGAACCCGGAGCAGUGCUGUGUUGUUCGGUAUCUGCGGUGCAGAGGCUGCACGUGGCCAGACACCCCUUCAGUUGAGACCCCUGAGGCGUGCAUCGCUGCUGAGGUCUGCUACCCGGUUCACCCAGCGCAAGAUCAGAUAUGGUUGUCCCCAGGAGCCGUUUCGUACUGCUCCCGCAUCCACAUUGACAGCAGAGACAAAGAGCAGAGAGGAUCAGGAGCCUCCGUUGACCUGCACCCAUAAACAUGGUACAAUCAAAGGGUGUAUGCAUCACAAUUACUCUAUAGAGGGGCUACUGGACGCCAAUAGCUUGAGCCUUAUUGGCCAGUUUUCCAAUGUGUGUUGUUAGCUCAUUGUUAAGAAAAUUGGUUUUAAAAUAAAUCGCUUGUCACCUUAAAUUUGUUACAAGUGCA